GUUUCACUAUCUACAUCAUAUGUUUUAGAAGGUGGAAACUUUCUGACUAUCGCACUUUUUCGACGCUUUCUAACGGCUAGUCGUAUGGCAGCAAUAGUGUUGUUCAAAGAGAAUGAACGGUGGCAAGCGAAUCAUCGCAAUCGUCUUCUAUCGCUUCCUGAGAAGAAUGAACUAAGCGGUUUCCCAAAAUGUACAAAUAAAACGAACACCAACAGUACAUCAGCGUGUAGUUCUUAUCGACGUAGAAUCUUUCCGUUGCAUGUAUCAACCGCAUCAGUCAGUGAUACAGCUGUUGCCUCAUCGAACGUCACUCCAAGAAUGGGCUUACGAAUGAAUGAGAAAAAACUGAAUAGGCACAACAACAGUAAUCAUAAUAGUAACAGUAAUCAUCAUCAUAAUCAUAAUCAACAUUCAUCAGUAUGCUCUACAAACAGUGAGCAAAGUCUGCCCGAGAAAUUGAGUCAUGCCUUGAAAGCACUUCGACCGUCAGUCCUCUCGCACAGCUCAAGUGGUUGCUCUUCAGCGUUCAAGAACAAAAGUAGUUCAAGUUUCGUGGUUGCAAACGACGAACUUGUUUAUUAUCCGUGCACUGAACGAUCCAUUCACAGCUAUACCCAUAACUCGUCACUUUCGAAUCUGUCGAAUCAGCAGCAGCAGCAGCAGCAGCAGCAGCAGCAGCAACAACAACAACAACAACAACAACAACAACAACAACAACAACAAAAGCAGUGCAAAAGUAAAAUGGUUCUAACGAAAGUGUCACCGUCUCAAAAUGAUUUACAUCGUAUCAAUGAAUUCAGUAGUCUCGAACAAAUCAAACAACUCUACCAGAGUGUUCCAAAUAUCAGCUCAAUCGACGAGUCUCGUCCCCAAUCGCUCGUAAUUUCAACUCGUUCUCCACCGGCCGUAUGCCGUUCUCCAGCGAACGAUGCACGUUCAUCGAUGUUUGCUGCGGUGAGUCGAGUCGAUGCCCGACAUAUGUCACCAUUUCUCAGCAAAUCGCCCACCGAUAGUGGUUAUCGUUCAGCGCCGCGACAUCUCAGUUCAUCAUUAGGCACUCAUAUGGCUGCUACAGCAUUUCACAAUCACACCACAUCAAAUGCUAAUUCUAAACGUGAUCGUUACUUCAUCAAAUCAUCCUCAUCCAAGAAUCAUGAUAGAAUCGAGAUUAACGGCCGGAUAAAUUCGAAAAACGAGGAGAAUUCAGAUGAGAGUCAACGCGGAGCCACAGGUACGGUAACGGUAUUGCAUGAGCCGACCGUAGUGCUGAUAAAUGGUGAAUCUGUGGCUAGUGGUGCUGCUGCGACAGGAAGUGGUGCAGUGAGAGCGCAAAAAUCAUCGGAAAUCGUUAAUGAACGUUGUGCACUAAAGAAUUCAUCAGAGGAUCGUUUGAGUCGUGCAAAUGUUCGAAGAAGUACAAUCAAAGAGGACGAACACGAUGAUGAUCGUCGUCGAGCACAACAAGCCACAUGCUCAACUAGCAAUACUGCUGCGGUAACUAAUUACAAAACUCUACCAACUGUUCCAAGAACAAGCCAUCUACCGUUUGAUGAGAAAGACGUUAUUAAUGCUUUAAAACGUGGACGAUGUAAAGAAUAUGGAGAUCUCAUCAAUAUCACCGUAAUUCCUAGAUUAACUGCUUUCUUGGAUAAGUCAUUGUGUAGACUGGCAAACGAAAUUCGAAGAUUGAGUAUACCGUUCACUAAAUGCACACCGCUGGACAUCAAGACGGCUGUUAAAGUGGUAUUGAACGAAAGUAUUGCUGAAAGUUGCAUAAAGGCUGCCGUUCAAGCAACUUCUAUCUACGCGUUGAGUGGUACCGGAGCGCUGAAACUUAGUUUGAGUCGUCGUGCUGGAUUACACUUCAAUUUAGGACGUUUCUAUAAGUGGAUGCUCGAAAGUCGUAUCAGUCGCGUCAUCUGUGAUGAGUUAAGUGAAUUCAUUCAUUGUUGGGUAGCUGUUUACUUGUGUGCUGUGAUGGAAUGUCUUCUGGAAGAAACAGUGCGAGCAUGCAUUCUUCGUCGAGGUAUUCAGAAGCGAACCGACUCUUCAUUUCUUGGCAAUCGCCGUGAACGAAAACAAAAAGCAACAAUUAUUUUAGGUAGCAAGGAAAUGCUGACCGCGCAAACAUUCAAUGAAGUUGUUAGCGAUACAGAGGAUAUACGUGACAUUCUCGAUUCAUUUCAGUGCGCUUCUGUUGGUUCACAACAUAUUCCUAUCGUGUCAACAGACGAUUUCUCGUUUCAGUCCUCAANAAGUGAAUCUGAUCUGGGAAGUCUAAUGGAACAUUUAGCUGCUGGACCUAAUUCUUUGCUCAACCACUCAUCAGAUUCAACGACCGAAAAUCAAAAAAACUUACUCUGUUCAUUUACGAAGGAUGCACUUAGCACACUAUUCUAUUACACACAAAAAUGUGACGAGCAUUCAACGUCAGACGAUUUGACGCAGUUGCAAAAUCGUUCAAUACGUCGUCAAAAGUUUGUUUCGACAAGGCAAUUGCGACGUCCGUUGCUCAGUGAUUGGCUUCGUAUAUCAAGUGCAUUCGCCAACAAUCGUUUCUCACAGCAAAUCAACGAUGAGGAUAUUCGUCAGACAGCUCGAAUAUUGCUUCAGAAUGCCGAUUGUCCACCACGUACAAUCACUUCAAUUCUGGGUUCUACGUCUGAAACGGAUGAACACAACGUUAAGCUCAGACUCGCAUUUGGCUUAUUGCAAACGGCUGAUCCAGAUGUUGUCACUCAAGCCAUACAUCUUUUAGGUCCACAAAGGCAUCGCACUGUCAAUGAAUUCGGUUUGACCGCACUGGCUGAGUCCGUAUUGGCCGGUAAUGAUAAGGCUGUUUUAUUUCUGCUAUCAAUUGGUGCCGACAUCAAUGUGCCCGUGCCAGCCGAAUCACCCUCAAAAAUCGCUUCGUCAAGCGUUCUAAACGAAUUUGCUGGUUGGACACCGCUGACUUGGGCAGUCGCACGUGAGAAUUCACAUUUGGUGGGUCAAUUGAUCGAAGCGUGUGCUGACCUCGAGAAUGAUUUUAUGAUUCACGAAACACCACUCCAGGUUUUUCAGUUGGCUGCAAUGACGAAUAAUUUUGAUAUUAUUAUGAAAUUACUGAACAGCGGUGGCAAUCCUUUUCAUACAUCGAUCACGUAUGAUUCACUGAAAUGUAACUUUCGUAACACUGGAUCUCCAUCGCCACUUGCGAUUACUGCUGCACAUGGCAAUCGUCGUUUGCUUAGAGUGAUGAUUUUGACGGCGACAAACGUGAAGAAGGUCGAUGAACAUAUUAGUCUAAAGGAUUUCUUAGAGGAAUCGGAUGGGAUGCACGACGUCACUAACAAUAGUGUCAAUACUCCAGAAACAAGCUCAAGAAACUCAUCGUUAUUUUUGGACAGCUUCAAUAAAGAGCAGCAACGAGCACUUCAUGAGGCACUUUAUUAUGCGGCCGAAACGGGUCAUCUGGAUAUUGCUCUUGAUCUUCGUAAAAUUGCUAUUUCAGGUGUUCCAUGGAAUGUCUACACUUGGGCUAGCUGUGUGCGACUGGCUGGUCGAAUGAGAUUGCGCAACACGGUGAACCAACUGCUUAGUGAUUUCAAUUCACGUCUAUCCGACGAGAUUAGUCACGAUACAGUUGAUGAUGUUGUUUCUGAGGUCGGUCUGCAUUUUCUUCUCGAAUCAACUCAUAGUUUGUGUGCACUCAUCGAUGCAAAUCUUUUCGAAAUUCUACGCAACGAGUGUACUUUGGCUGACGGUGAUCCAACAGCGUGUGCUUCAAUCAUUUCACGCCUCUUCAAACAAUUUCGUUUCGGUGCUAAAAGCGACGAUCUGACAUCGCAACAACAACAACAACACGUCCAGCAACAGCAGCAAUCCAGUCGACCACUGAUCGACUUGAAAUAUGUCGAUAACGAAGAUUUAUCGGAUAUUCGUUUUUUGGUUGAGAAGCGCGUCAUUUACGCACAUCGUAUUGUGUUGGUUAAUUCGUCAGAAGUUUUCAAGAAACUAUUGGAUAAUCCAAAGGGCCAAAUCGAGAUCGAUAAUGUGUCAUACGAUGCGUUCAAGUUACUAAUGCAGUGUCUCUACUCGGGUAAUUCGUCAUCAAUUUUGCAAAAUAAAUCGCUACAACAACAGAUGGAUUUGAUUGAAGCGGCGCGUCGUUUUGCAAUAAAUUCAAUUCUAGCCGAAAGUCGAAACGUUUUACGUCAACAAAUUGAUCGUGAUACGAUUAUUGACAUUUAUAAAUUCGUUACGCGAUGCUCACUUGGCCCACUGAUCGUUGACUGUGAAAUGUUUCUACUCGAGCAUCUCUCAUCGCUAAUCAACGAUGUUCGUUUAAGGCGAAUCCUUGAAAAGUCCGGUCAAGCUGGGUGGCCUGACUACGGUGCUGGUUUAGCGUCACGUUUAGUGAUCGCAUUCGAGGAGCGUUGCUCGAGAAUUAUGAUAUCGAAAAACUAA